AUGUCAGUGUUAGUGAAUGGCGGUGUCACUAAGGACUUCAAGGUGGAAAUGGGGUUUAUAAAGAGAGAUCCAUUAUCUCCCUUUCUCUUUGUUUUGGAUACGGAGGGUCUAACUCGUUUGGUGAAAAGAGCGAUGGAGAUCGAAGAAUAUUCUAGUUUUCUUGUCAAUGAGGAAGUCAAAGUCGACAUUCUCCAGUUCAUCGAUGAUACCAUUAUUCUCGGGGAUGGAGAUAGCAACAAUUUUUGGAGUUCGAAAGUAAUUUUUAGAGGCUUUGAGUUAAUGUCAGGGAUGAAAGUUAAUUUUCACAAGAGUAACAUCUAUGGGAUUAACAUGAGCGAGUUGAGUAUGUUAUCUGCUUCUUCUUUUUUGUCUUGCAACAUUGAUGUUUUUCCUUGCAAAUUUAUAGGAGUGAUGAUAGGGGACAUCCCUAGAAAAGCUUACUUGUGGAAACAUUUAGUGAAUAAUCUUCGCAAUAAGUUGUCGUCUUGGAAAGGUAAGAAUCUUUCUAUGGGAGGUAGAGUGGUGAUGAUUAACGCUGUGUUGAACGCUAUGCCCGUUUACUUUUUGCCAUUAUACAAGGCUCCUAUUCAAGUCUUGAAAGAGAUUAAGAGAAUUGAAAGUAAUUUUCUGUGGAGGGGUAAGAACAAGCGAAUCAUUCAUUGGGUUAGUUGGGAUACCGUAUGUAGUCCAGUGGCAAGUGGAGGUCUUGGCAUAAAAACAUAUAUGUGUUUAACAAAUCCCCCGUCUGAUGAAAUGGAAAUGGAGGAUUCUUAA